AAUUUGACUUUGAUUUUAAUUGUAAAAAACAUCAUAGUUUCGGAAUCAAAAUCAUGUCAAAAUGACAUAUUUGAAAUUUCAAUUUCUUGAUUGCUAUGCCCAUCACAACAAACAAUAAUUUAGUCACAAUCCACACAUUUAAAGAUCAAGAUUAUUUAAUACGCCUAGAUAUUUCUUCAAAUCGGCUUGAAUUAAAAGUAUCAGAUAAAGAAAUUGGCGAAGAAUGGAGAUGUAGUUAUGAUCAAAUAUAUAUUGAAACUUUAACUACAAAAACUGGAAAUUAUAAAACAUUUGAAGUAUUUACAAAGAUGUUUAUAUCUGGGCUAUUAAAAUCAAGUCGUGCGAUUACAUUAAAUUUAUUAACAUAUGAAGAACUGCAUCAGUUUCAAAAUAGUACAGCUAGUAUAAAAUCGUAUUUUCGAAACAAUCUGAGUGAAGCCAGUGAAAAUAAAAAGUAUUUAAUCCUUGGAUAUACUACUGAAUUUGAUAAAACAUAUUAUCCCAUAACAUUGGAUCACUGUGGUUCGCCUGAUGUAAAAAGUCUGAUUGCCACGAUACGAAGACUUGAAUCUGAUCUGUGUAGAACCAGAGAAGAGUAUGCUUCUUUUAAAAUGCAUUGUCAUGCAAUUAAGCAUAAAGCAAUUGACGAUAUGCAGAAAAAAAUUAAAGAAUUGAAGAUUGAGAAUGAAAAACUUACAAAACAAAUUGGUACUAAAAGCAGUACAAAAGUAUCUUCAAAAGCAGAAUUAGCAAAAACAACAUCACUUGAAAACGCGUUGUCAAAACUAGAAAAAAGCGUUAUAACUGAACGUAGCAAUCAUCAAAAGUAUAUAAAUAAACUACUACUAGAGAAAAAUAAAAUGCAACAAGAAAUUGAUGCAAUGCGGCGAAAAGAAAGCGCAUUAAAACAACAACUUAGUCAAAGUAAAAAAUCAUCAGGUAUAUCAAGUUUGUCAGAAAGGCAGAGUCGCCAAAGUUCAAUACCAAGAAAUCGCAGUCAAAAGCUUCCCAAUCCACCUACAUCAAUGUCAUAUGAAAGAAAUAAAGUUUUAAGUCGUUCAUCAAGUCAGACAUCAAGAUGCAGUCGAACAUCAAGUGGUUGUGAUUCAAUUAAAAGCCGUUCAAGUGGUUGUGCAAAUAUUGUAAACGCCAAUAGAAAGUCUAGAAGUACAAUUAUUCACUGCAGUUCAUCACGUGCAUCUCAAUCUGAGACUAGCUCGAUUGCUAGAUCAGAAAAUAUAAAACUCAAGUUGCAAUCAACCCAAGAAGAUUAUAAAGUACUCGAAAAGCGUAUUACAGGAUUACAGAAACUAUUACUAUCUAAAUCAAAAUAGUUACAUGUACUUUGUGAAUUGUAAAAUGAAUAAUUAAAGUUUAAAAGUCAAUUAACUUCUCAAA